AUGCAUUUGAGGUAAUUUUUGCGAGAUAGUCGAACCUCAGCAAAGAAAAAGUUUUGUUUGUGCGAAGAGGAAAAGUCACAUCGAAGCAACCACUCGCUUGUUAUUGCUGCUCGUUCAGUAUUUGUUAUUUUUUUUUAUAAACAACUAAUAGAAAGUGUUCGCCAAACUUUAAAAGAAAAAAAAGUCAUACCCAAUCACAUGAAAUGUACCACUAGAAUGAGAUUUGUUUACAGUUUUGUGUUUGGGUUGGUUGUUUUCCCAUGUUUUAAUUAUACUUUUCGUAUGGUACCAUUUCCAGGCCGUCGAUUGUGAUGGUUUUAAAGCGAAGGGAAAGGAAGGUUCAAUUUCAAAGGACCACAAAAUUUUGCAUGAAACAACAUCUAUUUUUAGACUCGGUAUAUACAUCUCCCUCUCUAUGUGUGUACAUGAAAACGUUGUGUGUCAAAAGUGCGCUCCGGACCUCCGUCCGAUUUAGUUUUUAUUUUAUGUGUCAACACAUAAAUCAUCAUCAUCGAAUGGAACUGAUUAAGUUUUCACGUUUCAAAAAAAAAAAAAAAAAAAAAAAACAACCAACAACGUUGAAAAACUUGAUGGGGCCACAAUGAGUAGCUUCGAGAAGCGGUGCAUGUGUGUGAUUUUUAUCAUGUUCAAAGUGAAGGCACAGAGUACGAGUGAUAAAAUUGAGUGAUUAAAUAACGACGGUGCUGAAUUUGUAUUUUUGGAAUUGCCCCGUCUUACAACACACACGAAAUUUGAUUUCAACCGCGACAGUUCUUUUUAAUCGAUUUUUUUUUCUUUCGGCUCGUUCAAGUUUUUGCAAACAGACAAAUUGUGUUCCAAAAUGCCAAAAAAAAAAAUCACAAUCGCGUCGACAUUUCACAACGUGAUGGUGUUUGACAUGUAUCCGAUUUAUGCUUCGUUUGUGUCAAUAUUGGUCAUGACAUCAAGAAGUGAAUGAGAGAGACACACACACACACACACCGAAUGGUGAUGGUUGGUGUGAUGAAAACUAAAACGUGACUGGGAAUGAAAUUGCAAUAGACAAGUGAUGUAAAUAGAAGAAUUGGUGGAGUUUGUUUUGUUUCGUUGUUUUUUUUUCGGUGGUUCGAGUGAGAACGUGUGAAUGAGAAGUGAGACAGAAUGGCCGAAUCAAUAGUUAGCGAUUGGUUGGCCGAAUAUGAGGCGCUGGAACCGACGGAAAUCCAAUCAUUUAUUGCCGAACAAGAGAAUAACCAUGAGGUAUCGAGUGCAGUGUUUACAAUAAUCAACGAACGUCUCAAAUAUCCAGACGUCUUACAUUCAAUAUGCAAUCAACUAUUUAGCUAUUAUCGUUCAAAUGAAGCGAAAUUGAAAAGUUUUACGUUACAAUUUGUGCCGACAUUGAUUUAUACGUAUUUGAAUGCGGUGGCGCAGGGUGAUAAAAAGAGUUGUCGUAGCAUUGAAACACUGUUGCUGGGCAUUUACAAUAUUGAAGUGAGCACGGAUGAUGGCCAGCCAAAGGUGGUGUCAUUUCGUAUGCCCGUACUGGCCCAAGCGUCCAUUUAUCAUGAGGAAAAAUGUUUGAAUGCCUAUGAUUUGCGGCGUUGGGAAGAAAAUAGUAAUAAAGAUGUGAAUUGGGGCCCAUUGCCGCAGGUGGAAUCGGUUAAUGCACAAAAUCGCCUGAAAGUUAUGACAGCCGUUAUGUUUGUUUAUAAUCAACAAUUGAGUUCCAUACCAAAAUCAUCGUUAUACCAUUUAUGCCGGAUGGCCACACAGCUGGUGAAUCAAGGGUUUGCCAAGUAUGGCCAUGCACAUCGCGCAUCGUAUGGCAACGAUCCGAAUAGUGCGAUUGCAACGGUCACAAAACCAAUGACACGCAUACCAAUUUCGGCACAAUUCCUACUCGAACUGCUGCAUGCCACCUACUUUGCAAUGUUCAACGAAUUCGCAUCGAUUGCCAUUCAAACGGUCGAUGACAUUCAUAAUCGCGCCUGCUACGAGCUCUAUCCAGAAGUGAUAUUAGUUACGAAUGCCAUUAAAAAUUCACUACACGCCAAUGCAUCGGGUCAACCAAGCGACGGUCCAAUGGGUAUCAGUGUUGCAUUAACACCAUCAACACAUACGGUCACCGUGUCCAAAUCAAUGAUCACGAAUGCAUCAUUUAGAACAAAGAAAUUGCCAGACGAUAUUCCAAUUCAGGCGGGUGACGAGGGUGCUACUAGUAAUGUAAGUCAACUGAUCAGCAUAACAGAGGAAUCGGAAACUGGUGGCAGUAGCACAACCGAACCGUUGGGCAUGCGAAAUAAUUUGGUGCGAUCGAGCAAAGAAAUUCUGAAAACGCAUAAAGUCCCAUUCCCCGGAUUUAAAAAGAAGGACAAAGACAAGGAAAAAGACAAAAGUCAAGAUGGUGGCAGUGGAAUGGCCGGAUCAGUGGUUGGUAGUGCGGGUAGCGCAACGCAAACGAUUGGUGCAAAGGCGCAAUCGAAAAAUGGCAAUAUCUUUUCGGAUGGUAUCAAAGAUGCGGUAAUAAUCGCUGCCACAAAGCAAUUAACGAAAAAAGAUAAACGAGGUUCGAGUGCGGCCUUGCAAGUGGUCAGCAUUGAUGCCUCGGAUUCAACGUACCUGGAAAAAGCGAGUCCAUUGAUGCAAAUGAAACGAAAGAGCAGCAGUGUGGAUGUGACAUUGAAUGGGCCGACGAUAGAUUUGGUGCAAAUGUCAUCGUUUGCCAAUGGAAAUCCGGUCAUCAAUGAAGAGGGUAAACCAGAACGGUCACCGACCAGCGCAAACGGAGACUAUACAACGGUAGAAGCCAAUCUCACCGAUACCAAUUCCGAUUUGUCAUCCAUCAUCUCCGAACACAACAGCAGCAACAAACCGGCCACCGCAACCACCACCAACAACAACAUGCAAAUCAGUCAAGUAUAAGCACACAGACACAAACAUAUGCAAACACAAACACUCCCACACAUCAUCUCGCAUGCACGAGAUCCAUUUGAAGUAAAGGAGCAAUCAUUUUAUGAACAUUCUAUCUAAUGAAGAGGAGAAAAAAAAACAUUUAGAAAAUUCUGUUUGAAGAACAGAAAAAAAAACAAGUGAUAAAGCCAAACUGCUGCAGUCUAGUGACACGUGAAUCGAAGUGUGAAAUGUUUUGACACAUUGAAUUCUAAAAGAAGAAACAACAACAAAAACUAUUAAAACCUUUUCAGGAACUUAAAUUUAAUCGUAAUCCUUAGUAAUGUUACAAUGGCAUGGAUAAAAAGAAUACCUUAACAUUUAUCCCAUUUAUCGUUUUUCACAAAUGAUUUUUUUGCUUUUUUGUUAACUCUUUUUUUUAAAUAUAUUAUUAUAUAUGUUACACAUACUCUCUGUUAAAUAAUUUGGGGUUUUCUAUUCAUCUAGUUUAUUCAUUAGUAUUUGUUAUUCACUGCAACCUUUUGUUCACAAACCCUUUGUAAAUGCAACACAUUGUACAAUGUGGAAUGGAAAAUAACGUUCAGUUCGGGAUUUUUGUUUCCUCUUGUUUGGCAAUUUUUUUUAUUUUCUUCGUUAAAUGGGAUUUUGAUCUCGAUUUUUUCUUCAUCUGCCUUUUCAUUUGCUUCGUAUUCUUGAUUUUUCCCCGUUAUUUGCAUCAUUCCUUCUUCUUCUUCCCUUCAUUGCGUCAAUUUUUUUCUUCAUUGAAUCCACUUUUUCUUGAUUCAAUCUUUUUCAUUCGAAUUUUUCUCCGAUUCAAUUCUGUUCAUUCAAAUUUUUGGCGGUUAAUUUUUCUAUUCGAAUUUUUUGCCCAUUUCAAUUUUCUUCAUUCAAUCACUUGGCUAUUAUCGGAAUAUUUUAAUGCAAAAAUCAGCAUAUUUAAUUUUUGUUGUUCAAUUUCUUGAGUUUUUUUCUUAAGUAGUUUCAUUUUCUUGUUGAUUUUCGUGCUGCACAUGUACAUCGUGCAACCAAUUUCCUGAUUUUUCCAUCGAUUCGAUUUUUUUUUUCAAUUUCUUUUGGCUGUCUAAGAGAGCCUUUUAUCAAAAGAAAGCUUACACAGAAUGGUUGAGAUUUUUGGUGCAAUGGAUUUUUUUUCUUCAUAAAAAUAAUCCAAAAUUAAGAUAUCCAAAACCGAAUUUAUUUUCUUCCAUACAAAUUUUGUCAGAAAAAAUGAAUUUUGUUUUAGAUAACUUAAUUUUGGAUAAUUUUUCCGAAAAAAAUCCAUUGUACCAAAAAUCUGUAUUUUGAAUAUGUAUUUUGAAGAGGAAGAAGAAACAACAUUUCUGGAGAAAAAUAUUUUUUUUCUCGUUAAAAAAAAUCUUAAAGGUCGAAUCUGUUUAUUUGUGAAAAAUCUACCGUAAAAUGUGCAUCAAAUAAUUUAAUUUUAUGUUGAUCGACUAAAUGUAAUCCAUGUAAUUAAAAGGAUUUUUUUUUUUUGAUUAAAUAAAUUGAAAAUUACGGAAAAAAGUCAUUUGAAUUGUUAAAGCAAGGAGAAAAGAAAAAUAUUUUAAAUUCGAUGCAUACAAUUAUAAACUGCUUGAAAAACGUCUUUUGAAUUAAUUACCUAAAUUCUUUGAUAGUAAUUGAAAUUUUUGAUAAUUUGAGAGAAUUGAUGAUCGGUUGGUUUGAGUAAAAAGUCAAUUUUGUGCGAAAAUUGUGAAUCAAUACGAAUACAUGUACUUGAACACUUGGACAUUUGAUUUUUCCCUAGUCAAGAAUUUAUCGACGCAAGAUUUUUUUUUUACGUUGAUUUGUUCUUGGUUGGAUUUUUUUAAUUUUGACAUUGAAAAAAAUGCGGUAGGAUUUAUGGGCCAAAUGAUAUUGACGUGUGCAAAGAAAAAAAAACACUAAAGGGAAAUGGACGAAGUGAACGGAAGCAGCGGAAGCACAAAACGAAUUUGUUGGUGCGAUAAAAAGAGAGAAAACAAAUGGAUUUCAGUUCAAAUAGCAAUAAAAAUGACAGAAGAGAAGGAGAAAAUGAGAAAAUUAUGUUUGCAUAAUUUUAAAUGCUUCCAUUUUGAAUUUUAAUUGUAUCAUAAAUUUACUGUCGCAAAAGUGAAUAUAAGCAAAACAAGGGAAUAUGUUCUAAGUCCAACUGAAACCCAGGAAGAAUUAAAACACACACAACAUACAAAUUGUAUACUAUUUUGCGCAUAAUCCGAUAUUAUUAUCAUUUUGUUUCACCAUUUUCUUUUUCGUUUUUUCGCUUCAUAUACAUUUUACCGGGUGAUAUUAAAAUCCAACAAUAUGUUUAAUCGAAUGAUAUUCAAUGCUUUGGCGAGAUUUACAACUUCUUUUUGCAAUCAAUAGCACCAAAAACAAUUUAGUCAACAGUGACUCACUUUGAAUCAAAAACAAUAGGUAAAACCAUUGAGCCAAUACCUUUCCAUCAAUUAACGAACAGAACCCGAUGCAGAUUUUCCAUAUGAAAUGAUCGAAUUUGACGGUUGGAUUACGUUUUUUUUAUGUACACUGAAGACGUGACCUGUUCUAAGACUCGUCUUAAGACACUUUUUUCCAGACAAUCAAACCAUUUUGUUGAUGACCUAAAUUUUGUUUCGUCAUUUAAAAAACGAACAUCGUUUCUUUUUAAAACCGGACUGUUUGAAACAGACACAUUUUCACCCGAGUCGGUUUCAUCUGGCAAAUGACCUCUGUCUGAGCCUCGAGCCAAGUCAAUUCAAAGCGAUAAAAUUAACUUGAUUUUUCGGAAUUAAUGAAAGUUCGGAUUUUUCACGAACAAAAAGGUCAACGAAAGACCUUUCGAGGCUGGAGUUUUUCAGGUCGAAAAUUCGAUCAUCACCGGAAUUCCACGGGUUCUUUUAUCGUGCGCGACAAAAUUGAAUGUCAUCGCUUAUAAAUUGAGUGAACUAAUUUUUCUAUGGCGUUUUUUUUUUUUUAAUUUUUAAUUUUUUUUCGUUUUGGGUAGUGUUAACAACCAGUUAAAAGUCGAUUUGUAAGUAUUUAAGCAUAUUGAUAGAGUACAGGUGGCGUAUGUAAAAGGAAAUGCAUGCAAAAACUUGAUUGUUGUUUCAUUUUCCGUCUCUUUUUCGAGUGAUGUGAACUCUCUGUAAAUAUGAAUAUAAUUCAGAAUUUUGUUCGUUAUUAUGUUGAUAGCUGAAAGAAGAAAAGUGAAGAAUCAUAAAGAAAUAAAUAUUGAAAGAAAAUUAAAAAAAAUUUAAAGCUACUUUCGUUGGCUAAGGCAUUUAAUUUCGUCUCGCGGGACGAUAUUGUAAAUUUGAAGACAAACAAACAGAACCAAUAUGUAGGUAGCUCGAAAAGUUUCGACGAAUUCGGGCAAUCCAAAUGUGUGGACCUUUUUUUCCGUGAAAUUUGACGUUUUUUUAGCGUCAGUCUCCUCACAUAACAUUCGUUUUUUGGCUGACACCAAAAAUGGCCAUACGGUACAAUGAGAAAGAAAAAAAAAACAGACACACAUACAUUCUGAGAUUAUAUCAAGAAUCAGUCUUUGUUUGACGACAACAAAAUAUAUUCACAAAUUAUAUUACAAUAUGUACAAGACAAAAAACCAAUUUAUUGACAUUCAUUACAGUUUAUGCAAAAAAAAACACAAAACAAACAAAUAUAUAUUGAAUCAAAUGACAACUAUUGGCCGUUAAAUAAUAAAGAAGAACAAACAUUAUUUUGGUUUCAAA